AUGGGCGGAAGUACUUCAGACAGCUUCUUCCUGCCUCGAGCAUCACUGGACAAACUGUCAGGCCAUCUCAAGGCGGGGAAGAACAGGAUCAUAUCCCAGCUCAGCAGAACUGGACUCGAAGGCAACAUGCCGAAUCCACCCAAUAUCACCAUUUUGGUCGACCCUCUCCGCGAACCCCCAAAUUUCAAUGCGGUAACUCGCGCCAGACGACACUUGCGUUCAAUCGAGGCAAUCCAGUCAUGGCAGCCAGACCCAGACAGACUGUGGUUCCGCCACCCGCUCCUAGAAGGCAGGCCAUUACCAGCACCACUGUCGAUUCGAGCACCAGGACACGAGUACUUGGGUAGCAGAACUGUCCAGCGCAACGACCAAAUGCCUUUCCCCAUCCCGGUACGAAACAGCAGCAGAGGGUUCGCCAACGAGCGCCGUGACAGCUUCGAGGUAUUCGUAACAUAUGGCGGACCCGACUACCCUACCCAAAACCCUUCGAGGCCUGCGUUAGGGGAACUUGCUGUCAAUACUCAGCCACUCACCCAUCGUCAACGCAUGGUAUCAAGCCAAGAAUUAGGUCCACCACCUCGUUCUCGCCACGGUCGCCGCAACGCCAUGACGAUUGAUCCGCAAGAUCCUCACGGCUUCGACGGCUUCCAUCAUCGCCGCCACCCUUCCGUGACUGGCGAUCCAGAACUACCUCCCUAUCGUAGCCCUAGUGCGUACGCGAGAGAUGUCGGAGGCUUGCCGCCUUCUUACGACGAGCUCUUUGGCCCUGCGCCGAGCACAGCUUCACCAGUUGAGUCGCGACCGCGUCUACCGCGGUAUAGUAGCUUCGAUGCUGGACGAGGUGCUGCACCGGGGCCGACGCAGUGCCCGGCUAUGCGGAUAGAAGUUACGUACGUGGAGCUCAGCAGACGGGGACGGACUACGGAGCGGAGGGUUAGGCUGGAGGCUGAGGAGAACACGGAAGGAUAG